AUUUUUCUCAUUAAAUGCCUCGUUUGCUUUAUUAACGUCAUUAGCAUCAAUAGAACCACGAACAUUUUAAUCUUCAAAACUGUAUGCAUGAAUAUGAGAUUUACAGGAAUUGCUGAAGAGUUUUGUGACAGGCCAAGAAGCAGUUCCUAUUGUUGAGAUGCAUAGCAGAGGCCAGAAGACACUGCAAAAUUUUGAAUAAAACUGGAAUGAAUGGUUCCAUAGCAAGUACAAAUGUGGAUCUACAUUAUCAAAGCAAACAAAGUUCACCAAAUUGAUAAGCAUGGCUUUAUCUUAGAGUUGGUUAUUUCACUUGGUUCUGAUAUCCAGAUAUUCUAACACUCAUCUUGCGGUGUUGAUAGAGUUCGGUCACAAAAGGGACUUCAGUCAAACUACAUUGUUGAAUAUGUUAGUAUGAACACUAUUCGAAGAACAAGUGCAAUAUCAACAAAUUGGUUAGCCAAGUGUCGGGGAGCACUGCAGAGGUGUCCAGGACUGGGUCGUAUUGAAUGCAUGCAUUGUGUGGUGUUUGGCUUGCAGUGCCUGGACAUUGAGAAGGUUAAGGUUCAAGCCAUGAUGAACUGAUGAACUGAUUAUCAUCUUACAUUGAUUUGACUUUUCACACUGUCAAUGUUUGAGGGUACACUGAGGAAAUUGCCUGUUCAAGAUGUUUGGGCAACAAAGCUUCAUUAUAGAACCAUAGUCAGACAAACAGAACAUCAUCUUGUUUCAAUUGAGUAACCCCUGUGAAACUCCAACACUUAAAGGAAGAUGAGACAAUACCUAGACUCUUUCUUUGUCAUGCUGUCCAUGUGUAAAUCCUAAGCUACAGCUCACUGAGGACGUAAGUACUUUUGGUGGCAGCGGUGGGAUAAUUGGAUUUGAAGGCCACACACUGGGACGCUGGCAUGGAUGCCAAGGGGAAAGGCAAAGGGGUGGACAAGUCCUCAGCAACCCCAGAGAAUGUCAAGAAGCAGGUGAUGGUGAGGGUUCCUGGAGACCAGGUCAAGAGGCCAGGGCCAGGCAAGAAGAAGACCAGGAAUACUCAUUCUGAGGCGGAUCUAAGCAAGGAGUUUGCAAAGUGCAAGGAGCAAGGGGACAGAAGACUUGAUCUUAGCAAACUAUCGAUUGCCAUUCUCCCGAGUUCGUUGAAAGAUCUCACUCAGCUUGUGGAACUGUAUCUCUACGGUAACAGACUAGUUUGUUUACCUGCGGAGAUUGGUUGCCUAUGCAACCUCGAGAGAUUGGCGCUGAAUGAGAACUCACUGACGACGUUACCAGAAGAAUUGGAGAAGUUGAGCUCCCUAAAGGUCCUGGAUCUGAGGCACAAUAAACUUAAAGAGAUUCCUGUUGUGGUGUAUAAGCUUCUUUCACUGACCACAUUAUUCCUCCGCUUCAAUCGUAUCACCCAAGUUGAUGAAGACAUUCAUAACUUAACAAAGCUAACGAUGUUGAGCUUGCGGGAGAACAAGAUCAAAGCAUUGCCGAGAGGAAUCGGAAAGCUUACACUUCUUACAACGUUUGACGUCUCUCACAAUCACUUGGAACAUCUUCCAGAAGAAAUCGGGAACUGUACUUUGCUAUCCUCACUGGACCUACAGCACAAUGAGCUCCUGGACCUCCCUGAGUCUAUUGGUAACCUCAACUGUUUGAGUCGUCUUGGGCUGAGGUAUAACAGACUUACCGCCAUCCCAAAGACUCUCAGCAACUGUGUCAAUCUUGAGGAAUUCAACGUCGAAGGCAACAACAUUGGCAUCCUACCAGAAGGACUUCUUUGCUCAUUAAACAAAUUGACAAGCAUAUGCCUGUCAAGGAAUAACUUCACAGCAUACCCAGUAGGAGGACCACAGCAAUUCGCCACAGUCGAUACAAUUAAUAUGGAUCACAAUCAGAUCAACAAGAUUCCUUUUGGGAUUUUCAGUCGAUCAAAGUACCUGACCAAACUCAACAUGAAGGACAACCAGUUGACGGCUCUUCCACUAGAUGUUAACAGUUGGACGAGUAUGGUCGAGCUGAAUCUUGGCACCAAUCAGAUCAGCAAGCUGCCAGAAGAUAUUGAACACCUAACAUCAUUAGAGGUUCUUAUCCUUAGUAAUAAUCUUCUCAGGAGACUUCCAAGCAGGAUCGGGAACCUGAGUAGGUUGAGAGAAUUAGAUCUUGAGGAGAACAAAUUAGAAGCUUUGCCCUCUGAAAUAGCUUACCUGAAAGAGCUUCAAAAACUAUCUGUGCAGACGAAUCAACUUACGCAACUCCCAAGAUCCAUAGGGCGACUCACGAAUCUGGUCUACUUGAAGGCUGGCGAAAACAAUUUGUCGUCAUUACCUGAUGAAAUAGGCUCGCUUGAACAACUUCAACAACUCUACAUUAAUGACAAUCACAAUCUUAAUCAUCUCCCGUUUGAGCUGGCGUUAUGUUCAUCACUACAGAUAAUGAGUAUAGAGAAUUGUCCUCUCUCACAGAUACCGCCAGAGGUGGUAGCAGGCGGGCCGUCUCUCGUUAUACAGUACCUGCGAUACCAGGGCCCCUAUCGUCACAUGGUGUCACUCUGAUUUCAAUGGAGAUGCACCUUGGAUAUUAUGCAAACAGUACCGUGUAAACACUCCCCAGAAAACAUUUAAGACUUAUGGUAAUUUAUGUGUAUAUUCCAUUGAGAAACGCUGGCUGUGUCAACGCUGGGAACUAUAAUCGAACUGCAAACGUCAGUGUUUUUAUUCUAUGUGGACAGCAGGAGGACUGCAAGAGGGUUGAAAGGUGGAGAUACUGUGAAGACAUUCCACUGCACACUCUGUUAUGUUAAUACAACUCCCGUGGUGCAGCGCUGUGUUCAGACUGAUAGAGAGUGAAUACAGCAACCCUCCAUUUAUUACAGUAAUGAGUGAAACAUGUAUGACAUGUAUGAACACACUGCAGGAUACCAAUUAGGAUUUGGAUUCACCAUGAAUAUAUGUUGUACAAGACGAUUUAUUCCUGCAAGGGUGAUGAGCUGCGUUCAGACUUAAAAGAAAUGAAUGGUCUGAUUCUCCAAUCAUACUGGUAGCAAACAGUAUGCCAUAAAAAACUCAAAAGGAUCUUUAAAUUGCAGAGGAAGGAAUGAUUAUAACCAUGUAUCUGUGCACUGCAAGCGAUUUGAAUUCUACAAUAUAUUUGUGUUCUGUUUUUAUUUUCCAUUCGUGUGAACACAUCUUUGCAAUGGCUUCGUUUCAUCAGAGAAUGCAUGAACCCAACAGGAUGUGUGCUUCAGCAAUAAAGAACAUUAUCGGAAGCUUUCGCAUUUUGGAUGAAAUUAAUAUGCUCUGAGCCUUCAUGAGUUAGUCAGCUCCAUCUUCAGAAGAUUUCUACACCACUGAGAAAGUUAGUGUGCCAGGCUCUUCAGUGAUGUAUUGCAGGCCUGCCAACUAUUCCUUUUCUUCCAGGAGUUACCCCGUUUUUAAGAUUUUUUAUCAUCCCAAAAGAGGAGCACUCCGUUUUUCCAUACAUUCGAGAUGAAAAUAAAUCAGUCCAUAUAUGUAUUUGUGUGGAGGGGUAUGGAUGUGGGUAUAGGUGUAAGAGUAAAAUUGUUUCUCAACCCUUGUAAUUUCCCAAUGUUUAAAUAUAAGAAUGCUAAACAUGUCUUAAUUAAAAAAAAAGUGAGGGAGAUGCAUCUGACAUAGAGUGGAAAAGUUUGCGCUGUGCGACUAGGACACCUUAUUGUUUUUGUUUUCAAAUGUUGGCAGGCCUGCUUUUGGGUUUAUAUUCAAUUGCUCUACAUACAGUUGAUCUCCUCUGAUAAUACUAGAAGGGCUUAACUCAAUUAUUCUAUUUUCAAUAAAGUCAGACAUUUUCUGUUCGGUCUACACUACAGUUGGUCUGAUAUUAACCCAAGUCUAAUGUCUACUGAGUCUAAUGCCAAAGUCUGUCUAAUUUCCACUUAAUGGUACUAUGUGUGCUUGGUUAAAGAGAAAUGCCAGUAGUUGCAGUAAACACCGAUUUCAUGAGAAAGUCUGUAAAACCAGGCUUAAUUGUCAGU